UGAAGAACAAUUUCACACUUCCGAUAGCAAAGCGCGAUUUAUUUCUAUAACAAACGAUGCCGUAAAGUCCCACUAAACGGUACCUUUAAGGCGGUAGGCGGGGCUUGCAGGAUGACGUAGAGGCUCACAUAAAUAGUUUCCAGCUCGCGCAGCUUUCCAUGAUGAAAGCGGCAAGUUGCGCGGCAGAAUCGUCUCUCACACGUGUGUUUUGUUUGAUUUUGGGAGCGAUACGGUGGGAUUACUCGUCCCCUUGUACACUGGAUAUAAGAAAGACACAAGAAACAGACCACUUAAGAAUUACCUCACUAAUACUGUAACUGCUGUAAUAGAGUAUAUAAGGCCUGUUUUGCUUACUGAUGGGAAAAUUAUGAGUUCUGCCGAUUUGAGAACUGUCCUCCACUCUCUUCAAUGGUAUGGCCUCUGCCCAAACAUACUGGGAUCAACACCAUGACACCAUGGACCGACUGUGUUUUGAGUCCAUGGAUCACAGCUUGAGAAUGUAUCAGCAAGGCUCUACUGCCGUGGGCUUUGAAAGAAGGAUGUCUGGCUCGUGCUCUCCUCCGUGUUUGUCUCCCAAGACAUCAAAUCCUACACAGCUCUUGUUUUCCUCCCGCUCCCACCCACCUGCGCGAGACCAGGUUGUUCCAUCAUUAGAGAAACUUUCUGUUUACGAGCACAUACCCCCUUGUUCACUCAGGAGAAACACCAAACCCCUCCCUCCCCUCCCAGACAUGGAUGACCUGUCCACUGAUGAAGCAGACGACAGCGAGGUAGAGUUUUUCUCCAGCACCUCUGAAAACCAGUGUCUGGUGCCCGCGCGCUACUCUAAAACCUCAUCCUUCCAGUACGGCUUCCCGGGCAGGCGAAGUUUCCGGGGAAACGGUCAGGUUAACUUUGCUUAUUACGAAGGGAUACAAGAACAACAGAAAGUGGAGCAGACAGUAACGGAAGACCGAGACGGACCGCAUGAAAGACCUCCGUGCAGGCUUCACCGCUCCCAUUCUGGACCUGCUAGAUCCUUUAAGGCUGGCAACUUCAGGCACCACACGCCCCAGAACCACCCACAUGAGAAACCCGAAGUCCCGCCUCGCAUUCCGAUCCGUCCUCGCCCUGGGGAGCGCACGGGUGGCGGACAACCAUCAGCUGAUGACGAUGAUGCAGACAAACCCCCUGAAGUUCCACCCAGGGAGCCCAUCCCUCAAGUCAUACCACGUGCCAUCAGUCCAAAAUGUCUCCCCAUUUAUGUCAAUGGUGUAAUGCCUCCGACUCAGAGCUUCGCUCCAUAUCCCGAGUACGUCAGCAAGGCUCAACCAAAGCCGAGCUGUGAGGGUCUGACAGCUCCCCGUACCCCCUGCAUACUGCCUAUCAUUGAGGAUGGGAAAAAAGUUAGCAAUACCCAUUACUUCCUCCUUCCCCAUCGACCCGGAUACUUGGACAAGUUGGAAAGGUUGGAAAGGAGUCCGACUCCGCUCGUAAUGGAUAUAAGCCAAAGUGGAACAGUUAGAAUUGAAAAAGAAGGAUAUAGAAGCUAGAUUAAAAUAUUGUUGGACUUUUGAAUGAAUUCUUGCAGUGUUUCACUUAACUGGCCUUUUUGGCAAUUGAACAGUGUGUUCUUGGACUCGACACACACACACACACACACAAAAAAACUACAAAGGAUUGAUAGUUUACCACUGCAGGGCAGCUCUGUUGGAUGUGUCAUUUAUGGAGGAUUUGGCACUUUGUGUGUGUGUGUGUUUUUAUUACAUUUGAGUGUGCAGUAUCCAUUUAUGAAGGAAUGGGAUACUCCGUUACACUCUUAACACUGUUGGGUACCCUGAGUAUAAGCUGGUCUUAUUGUGAAUUAAAAAGCUGUCCCUAUUAAGACUAUGCACACAAAUGACAUGAUUCUUGAAAAAGUUGUAGCAAUAGCAUUGAUCAAACAUAAAAAAGCGCACUAGACAAGAUUGGAUAGAUUUUGAUUUUUAGACGUUUUUAGUGAGGUUUGUUAAUCACAUCUUGUCUUUGAUAUCUUUGUCCUUUGCUGCUUUUUUUGACCUCUCAGAUGUGACAAAAUAUAAUUUUAAUUGAACAGAAGUGAUACUUUAUGUUUGCUAAGAGCAAUAUAAUUUUCGAAGUUGCGUCUGUUACAGGGGCAGUAUAGCCACUGCUCCAUCUGGAGUCCAGAACGCUGGACAUAAAUGAGUUGAUGAAUGGUAUUUUACUGUAUAUUUAUACUUGUUCACCAUGAAGUUGUUUUACUGAAGAAGAGAUUAUGAAAGGAGGUUAGAAAGGCCAUGUUGUUCCUGACCUUGUGUUUUUUUGUUUCUCACCAAAUGUCCUUUUAGUCUUUUGACCUUUUUAGGAUCUUACAAUUAUCAAACCAAUAACUGUUUACAUUUUAUUAUUAUUAUCAUUAUUAUUAUUAUUAUUAUUGUCCAACAGAUUUACAUUUGUUUUCUGUGAUGCUUAUUGUUAACUGACCUUUGUCUCGAACACAGAGGAAACAUUUCUAAAAUGUACAGUAUUGGUGUAGUUUUUGACACCAUCUAUCUAUUUAAAUAAAUAAAGUAACUUAUUUAUA